AUGGACAAGUCCCUCCUGCUAGGGCUCCCUGUCUUCCUCUGCUGCUUUCAAGCACAGUCCGUGAACUAUCUGUUGAUAAAAGCAAACUUCCUGAGGACUUCAGAUUUGAAAGGGGAGAUGGGUCCUUUCAGAGCAGUGCUUUCACAUCUACUUCCCUACUCUCUGGCCCAAAUUAUAGAAAUGAUUCAGUGUAGGACGUGCCACAUCCAGUUUCCAAGACAGAAGUGUUCCAGAGGCAGAGGACUAUGUACUGCAGUGAAUGAAGCUUGCACAACUGGGAGGAUUUACAAAAAUGAUGGCACUCUCUGGUUAACCUUCAGGGGUUGCCUAAAGAACUGCGCUAAUGUGAACAACAUAAAGUGGAGUGUCUACCUGGUGAGCUUCAGGUGCUGCAGGAGCCGUGACUUCUGCAAUGAAGACAUCUAG